AUGAGUAAACAAAGGACCUCAUCUUACUACACUUAUAACAAUUUGGAAAAUUGUAAUAGGUCAUUACGAGAAUCAAUUCAGCUUCUUCAAAGGACAAGAGAACUGCUACAGGACACAACACUAGACGCCGAAAGACUUCCCAAAAUACUAAAUACGAAAAGAGUUUAUGGUCUUAUUCCCGAAUUUGAUCUUGAGGAUGCGCGAACGAACUACAAGUCAAGCAUUACACCGCAAAUUACAGAGCAAAUGCUGGUUAUCGAGGAUGAGGUACAGCAGCUUGUGCAAAAAAGAGACCAACUACAAAGUAAAUUAAAUCUCGUGAGGGGAAGAUUAAGCAAUUACGAGGAACAACAUGACAAUGUGAAAAAGGACUUGAACUUGAACUUGGACUUGGACUUGGACUUGGACUUGGACUUACUAGUAAAUAAUCAAAGUUAUGAUCAGGAACAACUUCAAAGAUUACGAAUGCUCCGAAACAGAAAAAAGAGGUUGCAGCAUACACUCAGCCGAAGCCAGUAUGUGCCUAAUUUGAGAUACGGGUCUUGA